AUGGCCGCUUUACCUGCCCAAUUAAGUGAACAUGUCAACAUCACAAUAUACGCCGACGACCUCUGCAUCUGGGCCUCCUCCACCCGUCGGGAUGUAAUCCAGCGUCGCUUACAAGGUGCUCUGGACACUAUCGUAUCUUACCUCUCCGGCCGUGGUCUUACUAUCUCACCCAGCAAGACUGUUGCCAUGGUAUUCACCCGCCGGUCCUUCCGCAAAUUCCCUCGCGUUGACGGCCAACAGCUCGCCUUCGUACGUCAUCACAAAUACCUGGGCAUAACCAUUGACAGGGAGCUGACUUGGUCCAAGCACGUCAAGGCCCUGUCUACCACGGCGACUACCAUCGUGAACGUCCUCCGCCGCAUCUCUGGGCUCCUGCGUUACAGCUUACCGGUAUUGCACGGUCUAAGUUCAACAACAGAGCGCGAACUUUUGAACAUCCAGGUCCGAAGCCUUCGAGUGUGCCUUGGUGUCCUCGAAACGACCGACACCUUCCUGGUCUUGGCUGAGGCGAAGGAGACGCCAGCCCACGUCCUACGCAACCUGGAGACCCUGCGCUCUUGUGCGCCGUACCGCACACGACAUGCGGCCCACUACCUACGGGACAUUCACCUACUACUGGCACAGUCUCUUCCGCCCCCUCCGUCGCGCCUGGUAUACGCCCCACCUUUGUGGACCCUCGUGCUGCCUCCGACGGACCUGCAUAUUCCCGACAUGUCCCGCAAAAACGACACUCCUCUCCUCGCUGCGCGCCAGUUUGUUCUUGACCAUUUGAACUCGGUCCACGGUCAGCGUAAAGCAAUUUUCACGGAUGGGUCAGUUGUGUACGGCGCGUCGUCUGCAGCUUUCUACAUGCCUCACAGCGACACUGCGCAGGCUUUCAAGCUACCGCAUGAAACUUCAUCCACUGAAGCGGAACAGACAGCCAUCUAUGAAGCGCUUGUAGAGGACGAUAGUCUUCCUCCACAUGAUUCCCUACCGACGAUAAUGGUAUGCCACGGAGAGGCGAUGACGGUGGCCUAUCUCCAUGGCCGCACCGGUGUAACUGAGGCAGGUGCUCCAGGCGGCGGGGCCAUGUUCGUCAUUGUCCACGGCCCGCUACAGUGCUCCCCCCCCCCCCAGACGCGGAGCGGCGAGAAAGAAGAACGGUGA